AUGUAUAGGUUAUAUUUUAACCUCAUAGCCUAGUCCUACAUGGACAUUGGCCACGUUCCUAGUUUUAUGAGAAAUCGAAACCAAAUGUGCCUUUCUUCGGAAACCGGACAUUUGUAGGUGGGUCCUAAGUCUUUGCUCUUUGUCGAAUUGCUCUUUUUCUUUUUGCUCGUCUCUCGAUCACACACUUGAAGCUGCAGGAAAGUAAACACUGAUCAAAUGGCUUUUUAUCAGCAACAGCCGUUUUACAACCCGAGAAUCCCAUUCAGUGGCCAAAUUCAGGGUGGCCUGCAGGAUGGCAAGAGCAUUAUCAUAAGUGGGCGGGUUUUACCAGGAGCUAACAGAUUUCAUGUGAACCUUCAGUGUGGUUCUCAUUCCGGGGCUGAUAUUGCUCUGCAUUUUAACCCACGCUAUGAGAGCCCUGGGUAUGUAGUGCACAACACCUGCCAGAGCAGGAGCUGGGGCUCAGAGGAACGCAAAUAUGAAUCUCCCUUCUCCCAAGGCCAAACAUUCACCCUCCAGAUCCUUGUCGAGCAGGACAAAUACAAGAUAUCUACUAAUGGGAGACACUUCAUGGACUAUAGACACCGUAUUCCAUACACUCAGGUGGACACCGUCUCAGUGGAUGGAAUGGUGGAGUUGAAUUCUAUUGCCUUCCAGAAUCCUGCGGGUUAUAUCGCACCUCAAGCAGGGUAUCAGCCUCAGUAUGCUAUGCCUCCAGGAUGUGGGUUCCCGGCAUACCCGUCUGCACCCAAUUAUACUAUCCCGUACAAAACCGUCAUCAGUGGUGGACUUCACCCUGGCAAAAACAUUGUCAUCAAUGGAGUUAUCAAUCCCAAUGCUAGCAGAAUUACAUUCAACCUGCGCUACAGAAGUGGGAUUGCAUUUCACUAUAAUCCUCGUUUUGAUGAGAAAGUGGUUGUGCGCAACACCAAUCAGAUGGAGAAUUGGGGUACGGAGGAACGGUCCGGAGGCUUGCCCUUUCAAAGAGGACAACCUUUUCAGGUCACCAUCUCCUGCAACCCCCAUCAUUACAAUGUGUUUGUCAAUAGGAAACAAGCACACACUUACAAACAUCGCUUCACAAUGCUGCACGACAUUGAUAUUUUGGAGAUUUGUGGAGAUCUGCAGCUGACUUUAGUGCAGGCUUAACAGGGAUCUGUGAUGUUUCAUU